AUGGCUUCUCCAGUCCCUGUCCCCAACGGGAAGCCCUGGCAAGAAGUUGCCGCGGCCCUCCAAGCCCACCGCGACACAACCCUCGCCGCCGUAGAGCCCCCUCUCUCCAAGCUGCCAGACACACUCCCUCUCAACACCACCUCCCUACCCUCUCAGUUCCUCACCUCGGAAGAAGUCUCCAUCACCGAGACGGCCCCUGAGGACCUCCUGGCCUCGCUCGCCGCCGGCAAGCUGACCUCGACCACCGUUACACGGGCCUUCCUCCGCCGCGCCGCGCUAGCACAACACGCCACAAACUGCAUCACGGAGCUGCUCCCCGCGCGCGCGCUCGCCCGCGCCGCCGAGCUGGACGCGCACCUAGCCACGCACGGCAAGCCCGUUGGGCCGCUGCACGGGCUGCCGAUCUCGGUCAAGGAGCACGUGGCCAUGGGCGACGGGUUCAAGACGAACGCAGGCUUCUGCGCGUGGGCGGACCACGAGGCGCCGCAGGCGCUCAUCCUCGAGAUUCUCUGGGCGGCCGGCUGCGUCUUCUACGCGCGCACGACGCAGCCGCAGACGCUGAUGCACCUCGAGACGUCCAACAACAUCUUCGGCGUCACCGUCAACCCGUUCAACACGGCGCUGACGAGCGGCGGGUCCAGCGGCGGUGAGGGCGCGCUGAUCGGCUUUCGCGGCAGCUGUCUGGGCGUCGGCACGGAUAUCGGCGGCAGCAUUAGGAACCCCGCGGCCAACAAUGGCGUCUGGGGCCUCCGUCCGACGGCUCACCGGCUGCCGCUGGCUGGUGGCGUGGCGACGAUGAAGGGGCAGGAGCAGAUUGUGCCUGUUAUCGGCCCGCUGAGCACUAGCUUGGAGGGAAUCAAGGUGUUUGUGAAGACGCUGAUUGAUUCCAAGCCGUGGUUGAGACAGGUCGACUUGGUUCCGAUGAAGUGGAGGUACGACGAAGAUUGGUUGCCCAAGGACCCGGAAGGGAAGAGGAGGUUGAAGGUUGGUGUUUUGUGGGAUGAUGGUGUCGUGAAGCCACACCCGCCGGUGCUGAGGGCGCUGAAGGAGGUUGUGGACAAGCUCAAGGCGGCGGAAGGGGUUGAGGUGGUUGAGUGGACGCCCUAUAAGCAUGACCUUGCUUGGGAAAUUAUUGCAAGCCUCUAUUUCAGCGACGGUGGCCGGGAGGAGGCAGCAGCAAUCGACGCUUCUGGCGAGCCCUGGCGGCCACUCUCCAAGUUCAUCCUGAAAGAGAAUCCGCACGUACCCAAGGAGCCUUACACAAUCCCUGAAGUCUGGCGUCUCACGAAGCUGCGCGAGCAAUACCGCACAGAGUACGCGGCGCACUGGAAUGCAACAGCUACGAAGGAUGACGGUUCAGAUAUGGUGGACGUCAUCCUCUGCCCGGUCGGACCUGGUGCCGCACCUCCAGUCGACAACGCGAAGUAUUGGGGCUACACGAGCCAAUGGAACCUGCUGGACUACCCGUCGCUCGUUUUCCCGGUCACAGAAGUCGACACGACAGUCGAUGUCAAGGACGAGGCCUACCAGCCCCGCAACGAUCAGGACGCCUUCAACCACCAGCUUUACGACCCUGAGGUCUACCGUGAUGCGCCGGUGUGCUUGCAGCUGGUGGGUCGGCCUUUCGAUGAUGAAAAGGUAUUGCAAGCUAUGGAAUACAUCGUGGAUAAGACGGGUGUACCUUUCGCCGGCUUCGGAGUUAAGAAGUAA